AAGUUGAAUACUAUCUAAAAGCAAUCCUAGAUGAUUUUUUACCUUAUAUAUAUGUAGAUUGCAAUCGGUAUAUACCAUCUAAAGGCACGGGAGAAGAAGAUUCAGCUCCAAGGAUAGCAGGGAAGAGAGGGAAAAUGAGCACAACGGAGAAGGUGGUUUGUGUAACUGGAGGGGCCGGUUACGUAGCAUCCUGGCUCAUCAAGUUGUUGCUUCAGAGUGGCUAUACAAUCAAAGCGACUGUGCGCGACACCAGUGAUCCACGGAAGACGCAACAUCUUCUGGCACUUGAAGGGGCCAAGGAGAGACUCCAUUUGUUUAAAGCAGAAUUGCUCGAAGACGGAUCCUUUGACUCGAUAGUCGAUGGGUGCAGAGCUGUUUUUCAUACAGCAUCACCUGUGGUUUUCUCAGCUUCCGAUCCCCAGGCUGAAAUAGUGGAUCCAGCAGUCAGAGGCACCUUAAAUGUUCUCAAAUCAUGUGCAAAAGUCCCUUCUAUCAAGCGAGUGGUCGUGACCUCCUCCAUGGCUUCAGUAGUGUACAAUGGAAAACCUCUGACCUCUGAUGUGGUAGUUGAUGAAACAUGGUUCUCUGAUCCGGUUUUCUGUGAGCAAUCAAAGCUUUGGUAUGUGCUCUCCAAAACCUUGGCGGAGAAGGCUGCUUGGGAAUUUGCAAAAGAGAAGAGGAUCGACCUGGUCAUGAUGAACCCAGGACAUGUGAUUGGCCCUCUUUUGCAGCCUACUGCCAAUCUCUCAGUGGAAUUGAUAUUGAACUUUGUCAAUGGAACUGAAGAAUAUCCCAAUGCGUCCUACGGAUUUGUUGAUGUCCGAGACGUUGCACAAGCACAUAUUCAAGCUCUUGAAAACCCUUCAGCUAGCGGCAGAUACUGUGUAGUUGGAGGAAUAAUGCACCGUCACGAUGCCUCGAAGAUCUUGCGCCAUCUUUAUCCCACAUUGCACCUCCCAGAAAUAUGUGAAGACGACAAGCCUGCUGUGCCGACUCAUAGGAUAUCAAGGGAAAAAGUAAAAGGUUUGGGCGUGAAUUUCACACCUCUGGAAGUUAGCCUAAGAGACACUGUCGAAAGCCUCAAGGAGAAAGGUUUCCUCUCAUUUUGAGCUUUUCCAUUGGAGGUUGGCCUAAGCGACACCGUCGGGAACCUCAAGGGCGAAGGCGGAGCCUCUCUGUUUGAGCUUUUCUCGAUCAACGACGCUGACCACAUAGUCAUACUCGAAAGGUUUCACAUAAUGUACUGUAUUUUUCUUCUAGUUACCGUCGUUGGGCCAUGUAUGGUGUCUCGUACACUUGUUGAAUAGAGCUUUGCAUCUCUAAACUUGAAAGAUGAUGCAACGCUGAAUGUCUAUCCUUUGAGUUCUAUUGUCUUAGCUCAUCUGCAGCGGUAAAAGUUCUCUUGAGUUAGGGUGAAGUAAUAUGUCUAGAAGCGGUCCAAUGACCGCGGUGGCGUGGUGAUUGUACGCGAAUUUUGUUUAUAUUCAAUAACAAUAUCGGGAUAA